CGGCAGGGUGCUCCCAGCAUUCCGCGCGCACCGUACGGCAAGAUGGCGGCGACCGCCCCCCAGCAGCUGGUGCAGUACGUGGUGCUGCGGGGCGACCUGCGCUGGCCGCGGGGCGCGCUGGUGGCGCAGGCCUGUCACGCGGCGCUGGCCGUGCUGCACGCGCACUACGCCCACCCGGACAGCGCGGCCUACCUGGCGGAGCGCGGGCGCAUGCGCACUGUGGUGCUGGAGGCCCCGGAUGAAGGUGCCCUGACCACCCUCGCGGAGACCCUGAAGGAACACAGCGUCGACCACGAAAUGUGGAUCGAGCAGCCGGAAAACAUUGCUACCUGCAUCGCGCUCCGGCCCUACCCCAAGGACCAAGUGCACCAGUACCUGAAGAAGUUCAAGCUGCUCAAGUGACCCGUGCCCUGGCUUUGCCCCGCGUCGUGCAGACCUGACCGGAGCACACAACGUUCCUCCAGGGACCAAGAUGGGCUCAGCAGAGUCACGUGUGUCCUAGUGGUGCCGUUUCAAGGCACUUCUGCUCCAGAUCAUGUGAAGCUCCUACUGUGUCUCGCUCCUCACUGUAAAUGGCUGUAGCUGGUGCUUGUCAGGGCAGCUGAUUAAAUAUCCACGUCUUCACUCAU